UUCCCUGGACAUGCCUGUGUGUACACUUCAAAGGAACUAGUUCACCUAGUUUUUAGCGCCAUUACUUACAAAUGACUUAAUUCCCAGUGUACAGAAGGCAUAAAUUAUGAACUUCCACCUAGUGUGCAUACAAGUGCGCAUAGCCUACUUUAUUUUUGUGAAAGACUGUUUCAGGAUUGGUCGGCUGUCCAUUUUUCAGGUUUAUUGUUUUCUGAGCGCUUCAUGCUCAGAGAUGCUGAGCCGCCACAGGAGGGCCUGGAUCAUCAACUCCUUCAACAUUGAGGAGGAGCACCCUGGGCCUUUCCCUUAUGUGCUGGGCAUGAUAAAAAUCGAUCGAGACUUUAGAGUCUUCUUUGAUCUGACUGGGGAGGGAGUGGAAAAGGAGCCAAAAGGAGUCAUCUCCAUUAACAAAGAAUCUGGCAUGUUGUAUGUCCAUAAACCUGUGGACUAUGAAGAGAGGACUGUGCUCAAGCUAAAAUUUGAUGUGAAGAAGACCGAUUUAUCCAUAGACACUAACUUAGGAGUACAUAUUUCUAUACUUGACAUCAAUGACAACCCACCACGCUUUCAGAAGGAUCUGUAUGAGAUCAGCGUUAAAGAGGAGGAUGAACAAGGCUCCCAUCUUCUGACUGUUUUGGCAUAUGACAGAGACCAGAGAGGGUCACCAAACUCAACUUUUCACUAUGAGAUCAAAUCAGUGUCUCCAAAACACCCAGACACUGAGUUCUUCAUUGAUGAGUUUGGAAAACUUUCUUUCAGAGGAUGUUUGGAUCAUGAGGUGGCUGAAAUGUUCACAGUGUUAGUGGAGGCCAAGGACCACGGGGACGUUGUCAGUCUGUCCAGUUCAACCACUGUUCUCAUUCAUGUCCAGGAUGGAAACAACCACCUACCGACCAUAAGCGGACUAACAGGCUCUGGCAAAGUAAAAGAAGAUGAGACUGGGGUGUCUCCUCUGCGUCUGCAUGUGACAGACAAAGACAGCCCACACAGCCCGGCAUGGAGAGCCAGAUUCACCAUACAGGGUGAAGAGCAAGACAGCUUUAAGAUUGAAACAGACCCAACGACAAAUGAUGGGGUGCUGACAGUAGCAAAACCUUUAGACUUUGAAGAUGGGGCACUGAGAGAACUGCUCAUCUCAGUGGAAAAUGAGUUGCCAUAUUUCUCCUGUAAGAUGAAGCAGAAGACGACCUCAGGCCUGUGGAAAGUUGACACCACGAAAGCUGAUGACCCUGAUGCAGCGCAGCCUCAUUCUGUGAAAGUCAUCAUUGAAAUCGAGGACAUCAACGACCCCCCAGUGUUCAGUGAGGCUGUCAAAGAGGCCAUGUUGAAGGAGAACGCUCCCACAGGAACCUGGGUAGAGAGAGUAACUGCUGCUGAUCCGGACUCCAGUCACGCAAGAGAGUUUGUGUAUAUGGUGGGCCAUGAUCCUGCUGGCUGGAUGAUGGUGGAUCCACACACAGGAGACAUCACAACAGUCCAAUCAGCAGAUAGAGAAUCUCCUCAUGUUGAUGAUGGUGUCUACACAAUCAUACUACAUGCAGUGGAUGAUGGUAAUCCCCCAUUGACAGGCACCACAACACUAAACAUUCAUGUGAUUGACCAAAAUGACAACAUACCUCAGCUGACUGAGAACAUCCUGGUCAUGUGUGUGUCUGACAGCCCAACCACCAACAUCACAGCAUUUGACCUAGAUGGCAAUCCAUUCGGAGGGCCUUUCACAUUUGAACUUCUGGGGGACAUCAGUGAAAAAUGGACACUGAAUCCCUCCCAUGGUUACACAGCUGGUCUGGGGAAGGGGCCUGGUGUGUAUGUUGGUCCACACACAGUUGAUCUGAAGGUGUCUGACCUGCAGGGACAGUUCGGUGUUUAUAGUCUCAAUGUGACUGUGUGUGACUGCUCUGUGACGCCAAACUGCCUCAGCCGCCGAGGCAUGGCCACACAUGCUGCCUUUGGUGCAAUAGGCAUACUUUUAUCAUCACUGCUUUUACUCCUGUUUUUCCUACUGAUGGCAGUAGUCGUUUCCUGCAAAAAAGAGUUUACCACUCUGCAGACUGGGGAUUCCUCUGGAGAAACCCUCCUUGUAUCAAAUAUUGAGAAACCAGGAACAGACUGCAAGGUCCCUGACGGUAUCUUGCCAAUGUCCACUGAUAUCAAGUGUCAGGAUGUGGCUUACAAGCAAAGUCUGUAUGAUGGAAUGCAACAAACUCAAGUCUCCUUUCAGCAUUUACAAAAAAAUCUAAUCAAUAACUUUGGAUGUCAAAGAAAUGAAAACCUUUCCUACAAAUCCAGUGAGCACAUAAACCAGAUUCAAAAUAUGGACAUGAUGAAUUCCCUCUACAAAAGAAACUCCAGCUAUGCAUCAAAUGCAGCGCUCCUUGCUCUGCUUCAUCAGAGGCUCUCCUCUCUGCAUGAAACAGAGGAAGAACUUCUUGAUUAUGAGCCUCACCUCUACGCAGAUGAAGGGGAGUCUGAUCAAAUCUCAGAGCUGGAGGACAUCAUGAUUCCCGAUCAGGAUUCACUGAAGGAAGCAGUGAAAGACUUGGGCCCAAAGUUUAACCAGCUGGCUUCCAUUUGCAGGAAGUCACAGAGAGAAAAAUAAACAUUUUUUCCUGCUA